AUGGAAGACGAAGUUGUCGUCACGGCAGUCCAUGUCCCGCCCUCCGUCGAAGCCCACCGCGAGAGCCUGUUGCUAGGUAAAUCCUACACGCACUACAGCAGCAUUCCCGCCGGCAUUGAGACUACCAAAGGUGACCUGCAUUCCGAGCCUGGGACGCCGUGUGUGUUAGGAGUGGACGAAGCUGGCCGUGGCCCUGUCAUCGGGCCGAUGGUGUAUGGUGUCUACUACCUACCCAUUGAGAUCCAGCAAUCUCUCCUGGCCGACACCCACCACUUCGACGACUCCAAAGUCUUGACGCCAGCCGUCCGAGCCAAUCUCAUGAAAGCCGUCUGCACCGCCGACACAGAUCUAUUCCAGUCUUCAGGCUGGGCCAUCAAAUCCCUCAGUGCCCAGGACAUUGGAGCAGGAAUGCUGAAGAAUGGCGGAUCGUACAAUCUCAACGCCCAAGCCAUGGAUGCUACUGUUGAGUUGAUCCGAGGCGUCCUCGACAGGGGCGUCAAUGUUACAGAAAUCUACGUCGACACCAUCGGCAAGCCAUCUGUCUACCAGAAGAAACUGGAGCUUAUCUUUCCCACCAUUAACAUCACGGUGGAAAAGAAGGCGGACAGUUUGUACCCCUGUGUCAGCGCGGCAAGUGUCGUCGCCAAAGUAACACGGGAUGUCAGCUGUGAAGCCCUCAUGGAGGCGUACAUCCAACAGGACUCGACAUCUUCUACAGAAGAUGCGGCUACUUGGGGCUCCGGAUAUCCUUCUGACGCCAGAUGCGUGAGUUGGCUGAAGUCGGCCGUUGACCCCCUUUGGGGUUUCGGCAACGAAUGCAGGUUCAGUUGGGGUACCAUCAAGGACAUGCUGGAGCAAAAGGGCGGACCAGCAACCAGGACAGAUUGGCCAGACGACGGGGACGACGAGAACAUGAGACUUUCACACUACUUCCAUACGGGCGGAAUUGGCGGGCCGAAAAGCGAAAGCGAUGAAUUACGAACGUGGUUUGGCACAGGCGUUGGACAGGAAGCAUUCUGA